CACGUUUAUACACCCCUAAUAUAUGUGAAACUCCAAACAAUCUAUAAACAAGGAGAUGUAAUAAAGGAAACAUGUUUAACAGAAAGAAAUCUAUAAAGUGAGUGGGAUAAAGAGAAUGAUGAUGUUCUUCUUCAAUUAGCAACGUCAUUUAUUUGGUAUCAUUACCAUACCCAACGGUUCUCUUCUCCCCAAGUAAAAGUGCAACCAAAAAUAAAAGAAAAACAAUUUGCAUUCUGACACAAACAAUUAAAUAAGGUAUCUACUAGACAAGUUCAUGUGUGGUGUGAAAAUGGAAAAUCAGUUAAUAACAGUAACAUCAUCAUAAUACUCACCAUUCCUUUUCUUUAAAGAGACAUGAACGCUACUUCAGUUUCAAAGCUACUCCUUGUAGUAGUUACAACAUUGUUUGUUUUGUUUUUGGGUUGUCAUAGCAAAGUUACAUACGAUAGAAAGUCUCUUCUCAUCAAUGGCCAAAGAAGAAUCCUAAUUUCUGGUUCCAUUCACUAUCCUAGAAGCACCCCUGAAAUGUGGGAAGAUCUAAUUAGGAAAGCCAAACAUGGUGGUCUUGAUGUUAUAGACACUUAUGUCUUCUGGGAUGUUCAUGAACCAUCUCCUAGCAAUUACAAUUUUGAAGGAAGAUAUGAUUUAGUAAGGUUUAUUAAGACAGUGCAAAAAGCGGGGCUUUAUGCCAAUCUUCGCAUUGGACCUUAUGUAUGCGCUGAGUGGAACUUUGGAGGAAUUCCUGUUUGGUUGAAGUAUGUGCCCGGGAUAAGCUUCAGAACGGAUAAUGGGCCUUUCAAGGCUGCAAUGCAAGGUUUUACUCAGAAGAUUGUCCAAAUGAUGAAGAGUGAAAAGUUGUUUCAGUCUCAGGGUGGUCCAAUAAUUCUUUCUCAGAUUGAGAACGAAUACGGACCAGAGAGCAGGGCAACAGGAGCUGCUGGUCAUGCAUACCUAAACUGGGCUGCAAAUAUGGCUGUUGGAUUGGGAACAGGAGUCCCUUGGGUGAUGUGCAAGGAAAAUGAUGCCCCAGAUCCUGUGAUUAAUUCAUGUAAUGGUUUUUACUGUGAUGAUUUCUCUCCAAAUAAACCAUAUAAGCCUAGCAUGUGGACCGAGUCUUGGAGUGGCUGGUUUACAGAUUUUGGUGGCCCAAUUCACCAGCGACCAGUUCAGGAUCUAGCAUUUGCAGUUGCUCGUUUCAUUCAGAAGGGUGGCUCGUAUGUGAAUUACUACAUGUACCAUGGAGGAACCAAUUUUGGACGAUCAGCUGGGGGUCCAUUCAUUUCUACAAGCUAUGACUAUGAUGCUCCAAUUGAUGAAUAUGGUUUGGUCAGGCAUCCAAAAUAUAGUCAUUUGAAGGAGCUUCAUAAAGCUAUCAAGCAAUGUGAGCAUGCUUUGGUUUCAUCGGAUCCUACUGUUACACCAUUAGGAACACUUCAGCAGGCUCAUGUAUUCUCUGCAGGAACUACAGGAUGUGCAGCUUUUCUAGCAAACUAUCAUCUAAAGUCUGCUGCUACUGUGGUUUUCAAUAGCAGGCACUAUGACUUGCCUCCAUGGUCCAUAAGCAUCCUUCCUGAUUGCAGAACUUCCGUAUUUAAUACUGCAAAUGUGGGAACUCAAACGUCAGUGGUAAAAAUGCGUCCUGUCGAUUCUAGGUUCUCAUGGGAGACCUAUGAUGAAGAUCUAUCUUCUCUAGACGAAAGUUCAAGGAUUACAGCUGCUGGACUCUUAGAACACCUCAAUGUUACAAGAGACACCAGCGACUAUCUAUGGUACAUAACCAGUGUUGACAUAAGUUCAUCAGAAUCAUUUCUUCGAGGAGGACACAAACCCAACAUUAAUGUGCAGUCUGCAGGACAUGCCGUCCAUGUGUUUGUUAACGGGCAAUUUUUAGGGUCUGCAUUUGGGACGAGGAAACAGAGAAGUUGCACAUUUAAUGGGCUAGUUAAUCUACAUGCUGGAGCAAAUAAAAUUGCUCUUCUCAGCGUGACUGUCGGAUUGCCGAACGUUGGCCGACAUUAUGAAACAUGGGAGACAGGGAUCACUGGUCCAGUUGUGCUCCAUGGUCUCGACCAUGGACCGAAGGAUUUGUCGCAUAAUAAAUGGUCUUAUCAGGUUGGACUAAAAGGAGAGGCUGUGAAUUUGGUAUCACCCAAUGGGGUCUCAGAUAAUGAUUGGGUUCAAGAUUCACCAGCUACUCCAAGCCGGUCAGAACUAAAAUGGUACAAGGCUUAUUUUAACACACCUGAGGGCAACGAACCAUUGGCUUUGGACCUGGGAAGUAUGGGUAAGGGCCAAGUAUGGAUAAAUGGACAGAGCAUAGGAAGAUUUUGGAUGGCUUAUGCAAAGGGUGACUGCAAUUCCUGCAACUAUUCUGGGACAUUCAGACCUGCAAAGUGCCAACUUGGUUGUGGACAACCCACUCAAAGAUGGUAUCAUGUUCCAAGGUCCUGGCUAAAGCCAACAAAGAACCUGAUAGUAGUGUUUGAAGAACUUGGCGGGAAUCCUUGGAAAAUUUCGUUGGUGAAGAGAACAGUACAUACUGCCGCAGCUCGUUAGUGAACUCAAUUGUAAGUUCACUCGUGAAUUCUCUGGCUUUGCCUGAAACGGGGGUAGCCUUGGUGCAAUAAGUUAGAUAAGUUGCAUUCAGUUUGUAUGUAGCUUCGCUUAGGGGUUUAGGUGUGUAUCUCUCUUCUUGAUCUUGCACCAAACCACCAUGAUUUUAAAUAAAAGAUGCAGCCUAGAUUAUCAUUUGUAAUUUACAAUCUUCAAUGUGUCAUUUUAUUGUAUCUAGCUGGCAGAGGAAUUACAAUCUUAAGACGGGUGCCUUAUAUUUUUCUUUCCAAUUUGUUUGUACAUACAAGUUAUAAACAUGUUCUUGGUUUCCUUUCAA